GUAAGGGGGUGUGUCCGCGCGCACCACGGGGGCGCGCGCCGGCCUCUGACUGGAGGCCGCGGCGGCGGAGGCGCGAGCUGCCCGAUAAUGGCGGCCUGCAGAGCCCGUGAGAGGGAGAAGCGGCGGCGGCUACCCUGAGAAACCUCGACCUUGAAGAUGGUGAGUAGCCAGCCAAAGUACGAUCUAAUACGGGAGGUAGGCCGAGGUAGUUAUGGUGUUGUGUAUGAAGCAGUCAUCAGGAAGACCUCUGCACGGGUGGCAGUGAAGAAAAUCCGAUGCCAUGCACCUGAAAAUGUUGAACUAGCUCUUCGUGAGUUCUGGGCACUUAGCAGUAUCAAGAGCCAACAUCCAAAUGUGAUUCACUUGGAGGAAUGCAUUCUGCAAAAAGAUGGGAUGGUCCAAAAAAUGUCCCAUGGCUCUAAUUCUUCACUUUAUUUACAGCUUGUAGAGACUUCAUUAAAAGGAGAAAUUGCCUUUGAUCCCAGAAGCGCCUAUUACUUGUGGUUUGUGAUGGAUUUUUGUGACGGAGGAGAUAUGAACGAGUAUCUGUUGUCCAGGAAACCCAAUCGUAAAACUAACACCAGCUUCAUGCUUCAGCUGAGCAGUGCCCUGGCUUUCUUGCAUAAAAACCAGAUCAUUCAUCGAGAUCUCAAGCCUGAUAACAUCCUGAUUUCUCAAAGCAGAUUGGAUACCAGUGACUUGGAACCCACACUGAAAGUGGCCGAUUUUGGUUUAAGUAAAGUUUGUUCAGCCUCUGGACAGAACCCAGAAGAACCUGUCAGUGUAAACAAGUGUUUCCUCUCCACAGCAUGUGGAACAGAUUUCUACAUGGCUCCUGAAGUGUGGGAGGGACAUUACACAGCAAAAGCUGACAUCUUUGCCCUGGGGAUUAUCAUCUGGGCGAUGCUGGAAAGGAUCACCUUCAUAGACACGGAAACAAAGAAGGAACUCUUGGGGAGUUACGUGAAACAAGGAACUGAGAUUGUGCCUGUAGGGGAGGCGCUUCUGGAAAAUCCCAAAAUGGAACUUCUCAUUCCUGUGAAGAAAAAGUCUAUGAAUGGGCGAAUGAAACAAUUGAUUAAAGAAAUGCUGGCUGCAAACCCUCAGGAUCGUCCAGAUGCUUUUGAACUAGAACUCAGAUUAGUACAAAUUGCGUUUAAAGAUAGCAGCUGGGAAACGUGACGCAUAUUGUUUGCAAAUACUUGGAUGAUGUGCUGCUUCUGUUUUAACAGUGAUGCAACAUUAUAUGGCUAAAAAAGAAUAUAAAAAGCUAAACACCUUCUAAGGGUUUAGAUUUUAUUGUGGGGUGUUUUUUUUUUUUCCCCUCAGUUUUCUUAAGUCCAAGUUGGCCAUUUUGUUAGUACGUUUUAACUGUGUAUUACCAAUGUGAGUGUAAAUUUUUAAAAUGAUCAUUGGUAGAAGUUUGGCGGGAAAAUUCGCUAAGAGCCAAGAAAAGAAGAGAGUCCAGUUUUCUGGAAAUAGAUCUCUUAAGUAUUUUAGACAUUCCUUGUCAGUAUUAGGAAUUUCCAUGGAAGAAGAGGUUUGCAUGCUGGUAAUGCAACCUUGAAGCUUUGUAAAGGAAACAUAUAUGUAUAUAUUUAUGUAUAUGUAAGUAUGUGAAUGUGUGCAUUUUGCAUUCCAUAUGAAGAAAAUGCCACUUCUGUUUAAAUUAUUUGAUGUAGGUUUGGAUUUUUGAGAUUUGCUGGUGAAAUCAGUGAUGGAAAAUAAAAAGAACCUUCCCUCAUCUUCCUACCCUGUUCCUCCCUCUAAUGAAAUCAUACAGUUUUUUUAUUUUUGUAAUAUUAUAAAGCUUUUUUUUUUAAGCAUCAGUUUGGAGGGUCUAAAAUAUUAAACAUAAAUGAAACUAAGUCAUCCAAAGCUGCUGAAGUAUGUUUGAGCUCUCCAGUGCCCUGUAGCUGCAGGAGUUAAAUUAGUUACGUAGUCAUGUGGUAACAGGUUGACAAGGACGGUAAUGAUUUCAGUCUACCUUUUUUAGGUAACCAAGAAUUCAGUUAACCAUUUAAACCACUGUGUUGGGACAUGUCUGCACUUGAGUAUCUACAACCUGAUAUAAAUCUGAACACAGGAUUCUACUGUUUCUGAAAACUUUGCUAUAUACAAACUAUAAUAAUUGAUAUAUUAAUUUUUGAUUUCAAGACUUUGUCUCAGCUUCAGCAUAAAGUUAAAAAAAAAACCAAAUGAGCUCUACUCUCACAUUGCCUGCCCUGAUAUGGUCUCUUGUUGAAUCACUGGAUUUCCUUUCAUUUUGGCACUGAUGCUGUUUUCUCUUGUCUAAUUUGAGACGGUAAUGGUAGUGACAUGGUUGUCUGAAAUGUUGAUCACCUUUUUUCUAAAGUGGUGAAGAUACUUAAUCAGUUUGACAAAUGGAUAAAAUAUUGUGGCAUCAACUAUAUCUUUCAAAUAGAAAAAUUGAUUGUAUACAAUUACUUGGUAUGGUCUAUGUCAAAAAACCAACAGACUAUUAUUGUUCUUGAAGUUAGUUUGAUUUUAAUCCUGUAUAGUUGUCUCCAAUUUGUUUUUUAUAAACGCAGAUAGUUAAGAGCUAAUGAAAGAAUGCUUUCCUAAAACAGAACAUUAGCCUUUAAAGUUAAAUAGACUUUAAGGCUUUUGUAUCUAGGUUAAUCUUUAUAAAGCAUCAGAAUCUUUGGUCAAAAGUCAAACAAAAUAUUUAACUAUAAAAAUACUGAAAUCUUUGUUUCCAUAGUCUCCUUAGCCUUUUAUAAAAGUUCCACAACUUUUGGAAUAUUGCCAUAUAGUUUUUUCUUCAUUUAAAAUGUGUUCAGAAGAGAACAAAAAAUUUGAGUACAUAAAAUUUCUGAACAAUGUGUUACUUGGUCUGGAAGUUUAAAAUUUGGACUAAAGGUUUCAUUAUAGCCUCUUAAAAUGGAAAAAAAAAAAAAAUAUAUAUAUAUAUAUAUGCUUUUUACAUCACUUUCAAGCUAAUGUAAGAAUUCUUUUGGAAAUUGGAGGUGGAAAUACACUGGAACCUCAUGAAAAUGUGAUCCCCUGGAUCACCAAAUUAGUGUUAACAGAUUUAUCCAAGGGGAUUUAGUUACUGGAAAUAAGACAAAAGCAUUAUUAUAAUGUCUCAUCAGUUAUGUGGCACUUCAACAGAGAUUCAGAGGUGAAAUUAUGCCAGUGCUUCAUUUGCCCUUUUGAAUAUAUGUGCUUGGAAUCACAGUCUCCCAAGUAUAUAACGUUUGGACCUGCCUCAUUUAAAAUACUUACCAUUUAUUUUGAACGAUUUUACCUAUAAAGUAAAAUUAAUUCUUUGGAGAUAGGAAUGGUAUAAUAUGAUCAGUCUCUUGGAAUUUUUUCAAGUCCUUAUAUUCUAAAAUAGCCUAUGGUACCAAGCAAAAUGAUAAAUUCUAGGUCUGUCUUUGUUCUUUUCAAUCAUAAAAUAUUAAGUACAUACUGUGUGCUCAGCACUAGAUGUCAGUUAAUAAAAUGACAUUUAAAAAUUGGCAUUUAGCCACAGACCAGGAAUAAGAAGUAAAAGAUGAUCACUGAUACCUGGAAAUGCCUCGAUAUUUGCUCAAGGAACAAUGAAAGCAAGAAUUUGGUGCCUUGCCCAUAAUAGGUACUCAGUAAACAAUUAUUCCUCAUAGUAGAGUCUGUUGCCAUGAUUAAUAGCAUAUUAUGAAAUUUGUCUUAAUUUUAAAAAGACCAAAUAUCUCAAAUGAGCUUAUAGGCAGCUGUGGCCAGUUAAAAUAUGGGAUUGUACAGUUAGUUCUUAGAAUGUUAUUUUGCACUAGUUGUCACUUAGAAAGAUGGGGUUCCUGUAGAUUUUUUGGUGCUAAGGAAUACUUUGUCACUAUGAUGAAGUAAAUGUUUCGUGUCAGAUAAAUAGCACACUGAAUAGUUCUUUCUGCUGGUCUGUUUUUCUCUUCGUUGUUGUUUUUAAUUGUAAAAUGUUUUAUCAAUCAAACUAUUGUAGCAGCUACAAAAGAAUUCACCAGCAUGACAAAAUGGUCAAAAAAUAAGUCAUCAGCACUUCAAAAAUGAAAGCAAUUUUUGAAAUUUUCUUUUAAAAUUGUCAAAUAUAUUUUAUGAAGAAUUUAUAAGAGGGGGGAAAUGAUUGUAAUUUAUUGUUCAUGACAGUUUUGUUUUUUUUUUAAAUAAAGUGAGUUUCAACAACAACAA